GCGGCAGCAGCAGCGAUGGCGGCGGCGGAGCGCGCGGGGCCUGGCGACGGGGCGGGACGGGCCCCCGCGCCGGACAGGUCCCCGGUCCCCGCCCCCGCCCCCGUCCCCGCGGCCCAGAUGAGCGGUGGGGCCGGGGGCGAGCGGGACCGGGGCCGGGGCCGGGGCCGGGGCCGCGUGGUGGCCGCGCAGGAGCUGCCCCCGGAGCAGAAGCUGCAGCUGCGCAAGGAGAAGAAGCAGCAGAAGAAGAAGCGGCGCGAGGAGGCGGCGGCGGCGGCCGAGGAGCAGCCCCGCGCCGAGCCGCGCCUGGCCCCCGCCACCCCCGACGGGCCCGGCCCGCCCGCGGGCCGCACGAAGGCCGAGCUGCGGGCGGAGCGCCGGGCCAAGCAGGAGGCCGACCGGGCCCUGAAGCAGGGCAGGAAGGGGGACCCGGGCCCGGCCGCCGCGCCCGCCAAGCCCCGCGCUGCGCCCAGCGAGCCCCAGUCCGUGGUGAAGCGGCUGCCGGAGCACGUGCAGGUGGACGACCCGGUGGCGCAGAAGAAACUGGCCAAGAAGCUGGAGCGGCAGCAGGUCCUGAUGCGGCAGGACUAUGGCCCCAAGGUCAACCUCUUCUCCCACCUGCACCAGUACAGCCGGAAGAAGCCGCUGACGCAGGAGAUGAGCAUCCCCUCCACAGUCAUCCACCCGGCAGUGGUGCGCCUUGGCUUGCAGUACUCCAGUGGUCUCAUCAACGGCUCCAACACCCGCUGCAUCGCCCUCCUGCAGGCCUUCAAGCAGGUGAUCCGGGACUACUCGACGCCGCCCAACGAGGAGCUCUCGCGGGACCUGGUGGCCAAGCUGAAACCGUACAUCAGCUUCCUGAACCAGUGCCGGCCACUGUCUGCCAGCAUGGGCAAUGCCAUCAAGCACCUCAAGAAGGAGAUCUCAGGUCUGCCAAGUACCAAGAAGGAGGAGGAGGCAAAGAAGAAGCUGCAGGACUUUAUCGACCAGUUUGUGCGAGAGAGGAUCUCCCUGGCCGCGGAGGCUAUCUCCAAGUAUGCCCUUGAGAAGAUCAAUGACAACGACGUCAUCCUGGUGUAUGGAUGCUCCUCCCUAGUGAAACGCAUGCUGUGUGACGCCCAUGACAAGGGCCGUGUCUUCCGCGUUAUCGUGGUGGACAGCCGGCCGCGGCUGGAGGGCCGGGAUAUGCUGCGGCAGCUGGUGCGCCAGGGCAUCCACUGCACCUAUGUCCUCAUCAGUGCCAUCUCCUAUGUGCUGCCUGAGGUCUCCAAGGUGCUGCUGGGCGCCCAUGCGCUCCUGGCCAAUGGAUCCGUCAUGUCACGGGUGGGGACAUCGCAGAUCGCGCUCAUGGCCCAGGCCUAUAAUGUGCCAGUGCUGGUGUGCUGCGAGACCUACAAAUUCUGCGAGCGAGUGCAGACGGACUCCUUUGUCUCCAAUGAGCUAGAUGACCCAGAUGAGCUGGCAGCACAGCGUGCAGGGGUGCUAGCCAGCUGGCAGGAGCGCCCAUCGUUGCGGCUGCUGAACCUGGUGUAUGACGCAACGCCGCCGGGGCUGGUGGCACUGGUGAUCACGGAGCUAGGCCCGCUGCCCUGCAGCUCUGUGCCCGUCGUGCUGCGUGUCAAGAAUGUGGAGUAGCAAUAAACGCGUCACGUGCC